UGUGAUGGUAAACAACCUUGCGGUCACUGUGUUAAGAAAAGUUCGCACAACGAAGCAUGCAUCUACGAACCCCAUGUCAAGAAUGCGAAGAUGACGUUGGUCAGAGACUUGAAAGAGAGCCGUGCUAUCAAAAAUAUGGCAGAGAAGAUCUUUAAAUGUCUAGAGAAUGACACUGAUAACGAGCAAGAAAUUCUCGGGCGCAUUAAGAAUGGAGAUUCAAUUACUAGCAUAGCCCAUUGGCUGGACUCUAUGGAUAGCAAUGGAGAAUCGCAGCCGUCUUCGUUCGGAGGUUCCGAUAAUGAGGUCGACGGUGAUCUAUCUAAGGAAUUUUCCUGGACGACAGUGACGGAUGAGAGUGAAGUAAUCGAGCAUCUGAUCGCGCUGUAUUUCACCUGGGUCCACCCGUUCCACCCUUUAUUCGUUGAAGUCAUGUUCUUGGUACGAUGUGCACAAGGUCAAGGCUUAAGUGGUUCCGUUUACUUGACCAUCGCAACCAAGUCUAUGGAAAGCCUCAGACCAAGUCACAAUGACGACGUUGGUUAUCGACAAGUCUGGAGAGAAACAGUCAGAGGUAUAAAUAGCUUGAAUGUCGAAUGGGCCCAGAUGACUUUCAAGAUGGCACCAGCCUUUAUUCCAGAGCUGCAGCCAACUCAACAGGACAACGAAAUAACCGAAUGGGAGGGCGACGUUGACAAGCUCAGCUGGAAACUAUAUCGACUUCCCGAAGACUUCAGAGGUGAACCGACAUUCCCUUGUCUCACGGCAACUACCAACCGUGAAAAGUUGAAGCUCAUUGAAAUCAUUCGCGACGCUACGAUCCUCUUAUACAACGCCACUGGUCCUCAAAUAUAUGCCGAAGACUUGCUGGCUAUUUAUCGAAGGCUAUUGGUUUGGCACGAGAAUUUACCACCAAAGAUUGCUAGGACAGGCGAAAAGAACCCGCAAGCAUUGCCACAUGUGCUUUCACUGCAGUAA